AUGGCAGAUACGAAGAACGGCGAAGGCGAGGCUCCGUCUUCGACGGCUGGGGACCAGUCCAAUGCACCAUCGCCGCGCAACGAAGAGGAUGUGCAAAGCAAUCAACAGCAUCAAUCCAACGCUGCAUCAGAAACAGCACCUUCAAAAUCAACUAGCAAGGCUUCUUCCACUAGAAAUUCGACACCUGCUGCUUCUUUGGAGGUACCACACCCUGCACAGGAUCCCGACGACGCGUCUUCUGCCAUGGAAGACGUGCAACCAUCACUGGAGGCCACCAACGGUACUUCAAAUCAGUCCAAAGCAUCAUCAAAGGAGCCAGAUCAAAAUGGUGAGGCGCCAUCGUCGUACGGUACGCGAUCGCGCGGCCGUCCUGGCAGGUCGCGACCUAAUUAUGCUGAAGACACCGAAAUGGACUUUGAAGUGGGAGCUGUAGCCGCGAAUGGCAACGUAUCUGAUCCGCCGUCGCGUAAUUCUGUGGCUCUCGAAAACGGCCAUGUUCCCAGUGUGAGUGGGAAGAAAGGUUCCGCCUCUGCACAAGGCAAUGCAUCGUGGGGUAAUUCCGGAUCCAACACUAAAGAAAACGCGCCGAAUCCCAAUAUUUCCGGCACAUCAACAACCGCUGCAACAACUCAGUCCAGCACACCACAGCCGCAACCCGCAACCAAACGGCGCAAAAAUGCUGCUGCCAACGGCGCAAAUGGUAGUCACGCGAGCGCCGCUGCGCCAAGCCAAGCAGGGGCGAAGCGCGGAAGCCAUGCCAGCGCCAUGGUAGCCGCCAACAGCGCGCGGGAGUCCAACAUGAUGACUUUCGAAAACACUGGCGCUUUCCUCGUCGAUGGUCACUUGGAAGCAGACGAUGGUCAGGUUGUUUCCGUUAAUGAUCAAGUGUACCUCGUGUGCGAGCCGCCCGGCGAGCCCUACUACCUCUGCCGGGUUAUGGAGUUUAUCCACAUCGACAACGACCCCAAGAAGCGGAUAGAGUCCAUGCGAGUUAAUUGGUUCUACCGCCCACGAGAUGUCCAGCGCUACAACAAUGACACUCGUCUGGUCUAUGCGACCAUGCACUCAGAUCUUUGUCCCCUUGCAUCUCUACGAGGAAAGUGCCAAAUCUUGCAUCGGAGCGAGAUCGGCGAUCUGGACGAGUACCGCAAAACCAAAGACAGCUUCUGGUUCAACCAGGUUUUCGAUCGCUUCAUCCACCGCUGGUACGACGUUAUUCCAGUCUCAGCAGUCAUCAAUGUACCCGACAAGGUCAAGAAAGCACUGGAUGAGCGAUGGAAGUACAUCUGUCUCGAGACCAGUCGGGUGAAGGAACUGACUAGCGCCGUCAAGAGCUGCAAGCGUUGUGUCGGAUAUUGCGCUGCGAACGACUCCGUAGAAUGUGCUGUGUGCCACAACACAUAUCACAUGAACUGCGUACGUCCGCCACUUCUGAAGAAACCAUCUCGUGGUUUCGCUUGGGCUUGCGGUCCGUGUAGUAGAGCUCAAGAGAAGAAGUUGGAGGCUCGGUUGGGUACCACCCACGAGGAUGCAGAGGAAGAAGAAAUCAUAGAUGAAGAAGAGGAGGAGGCCAGCGGCGACACCAAUGCGACCACGCCGGAUCUGGAUUCCCAAAUCGACACACAUCCUGCUACACAGGCAGAGAUAGCCUUGGCUAAGAUGUGGCCCAUGCGGUACCUUGGCAUACAUUGCCGAGUAGAGGACGCACUGCAGUACGACGAUCGAGCCAUCUACCCUCGCGCGAGUUCUAGGUUAGGACCUCGACACCAAGCUAACGUCAACGUCUGGCAUGGUCAUCCUGUGGAGUUGGUCAAACCGGCGGAGAUCAAGAAACGCUACGUCAAGGCUGCCGGUAACAAGAAGGAAGGCAAGCUUUCGAAAGAGACGGUGGCUGCGAUCGAAGCAGACAAGGCGGAGAAGGCUAAGCGCCCUAAGUGGGUGAUGGACGAGCCGCCUGGAUACGUUCGCCGUGGUCAAGAUCUCCCGAACAAGGACAAGGAAUGUACCGCGGAAUUGAUGUUCAAGAUGCCACCGUUAGGAGUACACUCUACGCGAGGAGAAGAUAAUGCGCCGACCGUCACGGAGGACCAAGUCAAGGCUUAUAUGGACCGAGCGAAAGCCUUGGCUAAAUCGCACGUUGGCGUAGAACCAUACAACACGAACUUUUUGGAUCGGUGUUUGGCGCUCUUUACCAAGCACCAGUACGACGCAGAUGCAGCGUUGAAGCAUGUCAAAAAGAUCGACAAGCGGAAAGACCUGAAAGAGCCUGAGCUGACCAAGGAAGAAGAAAAGAAGUGGAAUGAGGGUGUCGCAAAAUACGGUUCGGAGAUCAGGCUCGUCCGCCUACACACCAGCAAAACUAUGUUCUACGGCGAUGCCGUACGAUACUACUACAUGUGGAAGAAGACACCCAAAGGAAGGGAGAUUUGGGGCUCCUACAGCAGCCGAAAAGGGCGUACCAAAAAGGUGGAGCCUGAUGCACAGUCCCGACUUGUUGACGAUGUUGCGGACAACGCAGACGACUCCGCCUUUGACAGUGCAAAGGCCAUACAGCGCAAACGUCUCUUCCAGUGCAAGUUCUGCACGGUCCGCCAUUCUCGCCAAUGGAGACGUGCGCCUGGUGUGACACCUGGCCAGAUGAUACCCCCUGAUGGUCGGUCCAAGGACAAGACCGGGUUCCUUAUCGCGCUUUGCCUACGCUGUGCGAACCUAUGGCGCAAGUAUGCAGUAACAUGGGAAAACGUCGACGAGAUUGCGAAGAAAGUCGCGCAAGGUGGAGGAAAGGCAUGGAAGCGACGCAUCGAUGAGGAGCUCCUACGGGAGGUCUACGCGGCGCAGUCAGACCCAAGCUCCAAGAACGGUACCCCUGAGUAUGCCGAAGCUCCGACUGCCACGGCCCAGGCGACUGCAGAGCCGCCCAAGAAAAAACAGAAGACUGCUGCUAUGACCAACGGAGACAGCGGAACGACCACUCCAGUCAAUGAGCCUGUCUCGAAGAAGAAAGAAAAGGAAAAGUCUACUGCAGCCCCCAAGGCUCCUACACCCCCACCAGUUCCUUCGCCUCCGAAACUAAGGCCUUUGCCCUGCGCCGUCUGUCGAUCUUCAGAAGGUUCCCGUCUAGAGUGUGCGGCCUGUCGGUUGACUAUCCACAAACGAUGUUACGGUGUUGAGGAAACACGACAGGCGAACAAAUGGUACUGUGAUACAUGCAAGAACGAUAAGAAAGAGAGCGUGUCAUAUACGUACGAGUGUGUCCUCUGCCCACAGCAGGACACCGAGCAAGAGUUCUAUGAACAGCCGAAGAUUACCCACAAGAAAAAGACUGAUCGCGAUCGCGAAAAGGAGCGCCUAGAGAAGGAACUUGUUGACCGAGCCAAGGACGAGUAUCGCCUCCGGCAGCAGGAAAAGGGCCGGCCGCUUGUGCCCCGGGAGCCACUCAAGCGCACUGCCGACAAUAACUGGGUACAUGUGUACUGUGCAAUCUGGCAUCCAGAGAUCAAGUUCAGCAGCGCAACGCGUCUUGACAUGGUGGAGGGGAUAGGAGCACCAACACUUCGAUACGACGCAGUCUGCAAGCUGUGCAAGACGACUGAGGGCGCCUGUGCAUCUUGCUUGCAAUGCCAUGCGACUUUUCACGUUGGUUGUGCCCACAGCAACGGCUACACGUUCGGGUUCGACAUGACACCAGUCAAGGUUUCUCGGAGGGAUGCAGUGCCAACGGUUACCAUGAACGGAGAAACGGGUACAUUGAUCGCGGCGAUCUGGUGCAAAGAACAUACUCCCAAGACUGUUGUUCACCCCAUGAACGAGGAAGUGGAAGGGACGGAGCUGAUCGCAUUGCAAUUGUUUGCGCGCGAAUUCAAGCAGGCCGAUCUUACCUUGACAGGCACUGCGCGCAAAGCCAACUUGGUAGACCAGUCGACGCGCAUCGUGCCCCAAAUUGCACCGACCCCAGUCAAUCGCAGAGCAUCCGCAGUCACCGCGCCAACGCCCACAUCAGCCCGUGGUCGACAAUCGAACGCUGGCAUACCAGUCAAAGAAGAAUCAGCCGAACCUCCUGCGCCCAAGCCUGAGCGUAAAUGUGUGCGCUGCAAGAUUGAAGCUAGUCCGCGAUGGUGGAAAGUUGACGCAGAUAUGCCAGCAACACAAGCGCCUCGUGUGGUAGAUGGACCAAUUGACCGUGAUGGACCGACAGACCAGAACGGCCACGUUGAGAAGAAGCCUGUUGUCGAAGAGGGUCGAAUCGUCAAUGGCAAUGGCCAAGACGAUCGGCCAAUGACGGAUGCGCCAGCUGUCGCUCCACCUGCGCAUAACACUUUGCGGUUGAAUACUGAUGUGGACGCUGCCUCCUCAGCUUCGUAUAUAUGCCAGAAGUGUCAUUGGAAGAAACAGAAUGGUACGACUGACGACGAGGAAGAGCGAGCGAGGUCGGUAUCGAUCUUCAAAGAGCCACCGCAGACAUACCCUUUGCCGGCAACUCAGAUACCACCAUAUCCACCUCCACCUCCCUCCUUAGCAGGAGGAUGGACAUUACCAGGUGGUCCCGCACCAGGCCAGCCCCCUCCGCUACCCUCCUGGCAUAGCGGUGUCCCUCCGGGACCUGGACAUCCCCCGCACCAUCUACCCAACGGCAAUGGAUACGGACCACCACCACUACAGGGCCCGCCUGUUGGUCAUAUCCCUUCGUUCCAUGCGCCGUACCCACCUCAGCCGAAUGGCUACGCGGCUUUCUCAGGUGCACCAAUGCACUCUGCGAUAGCAGCCGCAGGGCUUCGGCCACCGUACUCAGGACCGCCUAUUAGUGGACCUCCCCAGCUACAUCAUAACAACGGCGCAAUGAUGGUCAACGGUGCUAUGCAAUCCCCGCGGACAAUUCCGUAUUCGCCAACUCAUCCCCAUGCCCAUCCGGCCUCGCGUGAAAGCCCAUUCACUGCUCCUCCAGCAGUCGCGCAGUACCCCGUACUGCACCACGGUAGCCCUGCCCCUGGAAGACCGGCAACACCCAUGGACACGGUGAUGCGCGAUGCUCCAGCAGUGACGUCGGCGCCCACCGAACGCGCCAAUACCGGGGCAAGUGCUAGCCCAUCUCUCCGCAACUUGUUACAUUAG